UGAGAAUAUAAACAGAAAAAAAAUUAAGUGCAAUGGAAACGUCUUACGAAACCAUGAAGACUAUUAUCUUUGUUUUGACUUUAAUCUGUUUGACUUUUGCAGCCCCAGAGUUUCCUGUAUUGGUUUCCCGUAGAAAAACCAACUUGAAUCCUUCACCAAGAACUGUGGGAGGAAACAUUGCAGAACCUCACUCCAUACCAUAUCAAGCUCUUCUUGAAUUUUAUACAGAAACUUACGGAUGGUACUGUGGCGGUUCCGUCAUUUCACAACACUAUGUUUUAACGUCUGCAACUUGUGCUAAUAAUACUCUUGAGGUGUUGGUAACUCUUGGUGCUCAUAAUGCCUUCAUCACAGAAACUACCCAAAUCAACGUCUACAGCACAGAUAUUAUAGUUCAUGAACAUUUUGGCGAAAUUUAUGGAUGGCUUAACGACAUUGCUGUAGUUAAGCUCCCGAGAACCAUCGAUUACACUGACGCUAUUCAGCCAGUUACACUACCAAAAAGAGCUGAUAUUGAUACAGUGUAUUUGGGGGUGGUGGGACGGAUUGCUGGAUGGGGUUCAGAUGAUGGUUUUGACGACCGAAUAUUCGACCUUUUACGAUAUAUUGAUACCACUGUUAUAAGUAGUCUGGAUGAAGAUUGUCGGGAAUAUAUACCACCAGGAAGCAUGUUUUGUACUUCUGGAGAGUUUAAUGAUAUGUAUGUAGGUCCUUGUAAUGGUGAUAAUGGUAGUGGUUUCGUGUCGGAUGGUGUUCUUAUCGGAAUAGUUUCCUUUAAUAUCUAUUGUUUGGAAGGUUAUCCUGGAUUUCAUACCAGGGUUGUGAAUUUUUUAGACUGGAUAGGUGACAAUACUGAUGUCAUAAUAAAUUAAUGUUAAAUACAAAAGGGAAUAUGUAAAGUAUGAAAUGUAAACAUAAAAUAAACGAAAAAUCUAUUA